CGACUUCCGGCGGCUCCUCUCGCGAGGAUUGGCUGUUAGCGGCGUUGUAGUUAAGCUCGUGUAACGGCGGCGGUGUCGGCAGCUGCUGCAGCGAAGAGAGUUUGGCGCGAUGUCUCACACCAUUUUGCUGGUACAGCCUACCAAGAGGCCAGAAGGCAGAACUUAUGCUGACUACGAAUCUGUGAAUGAAUGCAUGGAAGGUGUUUGUAAAAUGUAUGAAGAACAUCUGAAAAGAAUGAAUCCCAACAGUCCCUCUAUCACAUAUGACAUCAGUCAGUUGUUUGAUUUCAUCGAUGAUCUGGCAGACCUCAGCUGCCUGGUUUACCGAGCUGAUACCCAGACAUACCAGCCUUAUAACAAAGACUGGAUUAAAGAGAAGAUCUACGUGCUCCUUCGUCGGCAGGCCCAACAGGCUGGGAAAUAAUUGUGUUGGAAGCACUGGGGGGGUUGGGGUGGGCUUGGAACACAGGUGUGUACAGCGUGCUGUAGUGGAAGUUUUGUAUCAUAGUAAUCCUGUUUCCACUUUGUUAUACUCUAGCCAAGAUUGACCGUAUUAGAUGAAAUGUGAGGAUCUUGUUCAAUCGGAAACCCCCGUUACCUCCUCUUUUUCUUUCUCUUUCUUUUUUUUUUUUUACUUAAACAUUUUUAUGAUGAUUUAGAUGGAAGUUGUUCUUCGUCACUUAAUGUUGGUUCCAGUCCUUCAACUGUUCAUAUCUACUUUAUAACAUUCACAUACUAACCCUUCUUCAAGAUGGGGUGGGGGGUGGAAAUGCAGUUUAGCCAUGUCCUCAAGAUAAAGUCUUGGUAAAAAUAAAUAAAUGUCCUUUAGUUAUAUUUUC